GCGAAGUUGGAGGAAGAUGUAGAUGUAGUUUCACUUGACACGUUAUCGUGGUUCUUUAUCUGGUACUGACUGUGACUGCAGCAGUGUUUUCUCAGACGUUCAGUUACACGGAAGUCCCUGGCACUCGUGGCUGUACAGGGCCCAUCAUGAUGGCAACAAAAGUAUCGCUCCAGCAGCUGAUCACAAAUCCUGACAGACUGAACAAUUUAGCGGAUGAAGCAAAAGAGCUGGCGUUGCUAAAUGGUAUCAUUAUGCGCACACAUGAGACCCCCAAUUCAUCUGAGGUUGUGACCUACGCUCCGUUCACCCUCUUCCCCACACCUGUGCCCAAGGAUAUGUUCCUCCAGGCUCUGGCAGUGCAAACACACUACAACACACUGGUGGACAAGAUCAGCCAGGACCCAGACUUUCUGGAAGAGGCUCUCGCGGGUACUAUCCAGGCAGAUGAUUUCACAGCUAGGUUGUUUGGCAUAUACAAACAAGUGCAGCAGGAAGGUCGGACACAGUCUAUUGUGGUGGGUUUGAACCGGUCUGACUACAUGGUGGAUCAAAGGGAGGAUGGGACUUCUUCCUUGAAGCAAAUAGAGAUCAACACUAUUGCUGUUGGUGGUUUUGGUGUGACUGACAGUAUCCCUGUGGUGCACAGGCACGUGCUGAGGUCGGUUGGUCUUCUGAAAGAGAGUGAGUGUAUCUUGGAUUCCAACAAGACUCCUGGAAUGAGUGCUGCUCUCGCUAAGGGCUGGGAGCUCUACGGCCAACAGAAGGCAGUAAUCAUGUUUCUGGUUGAGGAUGUCCAGAUUAGCAAACUCACUCAUCGUUGCAUGGAGAGAGAGCUGUGGAACAGGAACAUCCCUGUUAUCCGCAGAAAGUUUGACGAGGUGUCCAAAAGAGCAUCAUUAGAUGAUGACAAAAAAUUGUUUAUAGAUGGGCUGGAGGUAGCAGUAGUGUACUACCGCUCUGGCUAUUCACCAGAUGACUACAUGGAACAGACUUGGGAUGCUCGUCUUCUGAUGGAGCGCUCUCUGGCUGUGAAAUGUCCAGAUAUCAGCACUCACCUGGCUGGAACCAAGAAGGUCCAGCAGGUGCUCGCCAGGCCUGGAGUUCUGGAGAAGUUCUUCCCAGACCAGCCCAAAGUAGUGGAGCAGAUCAGAGCAACGUUCGCCGGCCUCUACACUCUAGACACGGGUCCAGAAGGUGACCGGGCAUUUGCCAUGGCUUUGGCCAACCCAGAUGCAUUUGUCCUGAAGCCUCAGAGAGAAGGAGGAGGGAACAAUUACUUUGGAAAGGACAUUGUCAGAGUACUACAGGAGGUUAAAAGUGACAAAAGGAGAGCUGCUUAUAUUCUAAUGGACAAGAUCCGACCCAGAGAAGAACAUAACAUCCUGCUGAGGAAAGGACUCCCGCUCAAACUCUUCUCUGUUUGCUGUGAAAUAGGAGUCUGUGGAGCCUAUGUGAGGCACGGAGGAGAAAUGCUCCUCAAUAAGGCUGUUGGUCACAUUUUGAGGACAAAGAGCAUCGAACACAACGAUGCGGGGAUAAUGGGUGGAGUGACUGUAUUUGACAAUCCGCUCCUCAUCUGAACACUCCUUGUGGCAUCUACGGUGGCCUCGAGAGUUCAACGCACUUAAGAAAACACAUGCAAAUAGACAAAGCACCUGAAAUGUAGAAAACACCUUCACCAAUUUGCCAACACAUACACAGCCUGACCUGUUAUCAGUUUACAGUAUGAAGGGAGAGUUGGUGGUGGAACAAAGAUGUUGCACUUAUUUUCUGGUACCAGCUUCACUUCUUCUAGUUUAAAUAAAUGUAUCAAAAUUCAGUCGCCUGCAGUAUUACAGGCUAAACACUAGGUGGCAGUAAAACCAAAGGCAUUGUCCACAUACACACCAGGAGAUCUGUGGAGUUCAUACCAGGUCAUCAAGGCAAAAUGGCUCACGUGACCCUUUUGGAUCCCACUUGUCAACAGCGUGCACAUACUUUCAUAUUCAACAGCACAAAAAGGAGGCAUAGAACCGUAGUUCCCCAUGAUGUCUCACUAAUGUAGCUCUAAAUUAGUAAUGAUGCAAAAACAUUUUCCACCUGCCAUGAGAUGUUUUUUUGAUUUUAACUUAAUUUUUCUGAAGAGUUUGCACAUAAUGUAAAACCUUGCCUGCACUGGUGGAAGUAGUACUUUGAUCAUUUUAUCUUUCAUAAAAUAAUAACUUUUAUGACUUUAUUUAUGUAGCACAGUUUAAAACUAGUGUUACACGGUGAUUCACAAGGACAAAUAAAAUCUAGCAGGAGAAUAUCAAGUACAAAAUCACUAUUGACAAAACUGUAAAAAAAAAAGUACAAAGGUAUCUGCAGAAUGUAUGUAGAAGUAUCAAAGGUAAAAGUACUUGUUCUGCAUUAAAUAUAAUAUAUUUGUAUAUAAUAAACUGUUGAUGCAAUAGUGUAAUCAGCAUUUUAGUCACAAAAUUGUUGAAACUGAUUACAUCGAAGAUUUCAAGUAAAACUAACUCAAUUUAAAAAAAACAUUCUUGAUCAAGUAGCUUCUGCAAAUUUUAGUGACACUGACUUAAGUUUGUAAUUUUUAUUUGUACUGUGAAAACAAAAUACUUGUAAUAAAAAGUACUUAAUCAGGAAUAUUUCUGAAACUUACUAAACUACGUUAGUGACAAUUGAAAUAACUAGUAAAAUCUGCUUAAUCAAGAAUCUUUUUGAAAUUUGACGUGUGUUACUUAAAAUUAGCAAUUAUCCGUUUUAACAAUUUGUUUGAGUUAAAAUAACUUAUUACAUUAUAGUGUAGGGGUCGGGCCUCCUCCAAUGGAACACAACAUAAACCUUUUAGAUUUGUAUUUUCUGUGGGGUAAAACUGACUUCUUUGAGGGUUAAACAUUUAUUUAAUGAAUCCAUCUGACAUGAUUGAAGAUAAAAUACCUCUUUUGCUGCUAGCAGCUCAUAGACAUCUGAAAUGUGACAAAUAGACACUGCGUUAUUAUAAGGGGGCAACAAGUCAAAAAGGUUGGGAAGCACUGGUUUAAUGUUAAUGCAUUGUAUUUUAUAAUUUGAUCAUAUGUGUGUUAAUGUAAAAUCUUCAUCUGUUAACUAACCAGCUGUCGGAUCAAUGUGGUGGUGUAAAAACUGCAACAUUUCCCAGAAGAAUGAAGUAGAAUAAACACUCAAGUAAUGUAAUGUAACUCAAAACUGUACUUAGUUACUUUGUGGCACUGGUUGUCUAAACUGUGAUGAUGUCUAAACGUUGUAAUUAUGUCAUUGUUUAUCCUAAUGUUUUUAUGAAGACAACAACCCAACCUGAGGUCGAGUUCUUUAACUGUCUGUGUUUCUACCAUGAAUGAGACUAAGGUACUUGGACACUGAAUUAAUGCUAAGUGUAGCUGCUCAGGUAUGAUGAAGAUAUAAUGUUGUGUUUAGCCUUCUUGUCAAUGAUCCUGAUACAAUAUUGGGAAAGUGCUUACACGUCUUUAUGGCUUUUUCCUUUUACCAAUGGAAUGCACAGCUCUGUUUGACCCAAAUGUCAGCAUUUGGUCGUUUAUCUUUAUUGUCAUUUUUGUCAACAGGUGGAUAAUAAAAGAAUU